UCUUGUCUACUGGCAGAAUGAUUCCAGUCCCUUACAGAAGCAUUAUCAACGGUGGACUGAAACCUGGAAAAAGCUUUACUGUCCGAGGAGUGGUCAACACCAACCCUCACAGGAUAUUUUUUAACCUGCGCCACAUUUUCGGGAUUGCAUUUCACUACAAUCCACGUUUUGAUCAGAAUAAGGUAGUGUGCAAUACUUGGGAUGGUCAUUGGGGUCCAGAGGAAUAUCCUGCAGGGAUGCCAUUUAAAGCAGGUCAACCCUUUGAGAUCUACAUUUUUUGUACUGAUCAUUCCUUCAACGUGUUUGUGAAUGGUGUGCACGUAUGCUCUUUCAAGCAUCGCUUUUGGUCAUUGAAUGAAAUUGAUGUUUUUGAAGUUGCUGGAGAUGUGCAGAUAAAUCAUGUGGAUGCUUAGCAGAGAUUUAAUCUAUUUUAAGGUUCAAGAUCAUCAAGUCAAUGUAGAAAUAUGUUUUUUAAUGCAUUUGCUUGGUAAUUUUAUUGAUUACUUUGUCUCCUCUUGGUUUGUACUGUAUACCAGUAAACUGCAUUGACUGAUUCUGAAUAUUACAGAAAAAUAAAAUAAACAUAAUGCAAAAACGUUUUCUUUUAGCUUAUAUGUGCCUAAUGUGGUUUUUAAAUCGGGGGUGUUAUCACAGUUAUUCUGUUAUAUGGGUCAUUCUACAAAAAAGGUGGAAAUGCUUGUCCCUUGCAUUUGCAGACCCCUUAAUCAUUUAAUUUGACCCAAUAAUCCCAUAAUGAUAUAUAUUUAAUAAAUAUAGACUGUCCUUAAAAUGAUGAGAGAGUUUAUUUAUUUAAUUUUCUUUUUUUCCUUUUUUUAAACUUUUUUUUAAAUGUCUGGUCCUGAAAAUUGCCCUGUCCCUUUGAUCAUACAUGGAAGUUGAACUGUGCACUUAUUAUUUAAAACCAUGUUUUUUAUAAAACAAAUCUAAUUUACAUUUACCUUUAACCCUGUUUGAAUUUACUACAACACUGAAAUGGUAAAAAUACAC